AAGCAUUGUUCUCUAUAUCUACAUUGAAUUGUAACGCUAUGAAGAAUACUAGUGCUUUGAAAUACUUAGGAAUAUUGCUUGUAUGCCUCUUGUUUGUAAGGCCUUCUGUGGGUAGUUAUUUUAGUGUAUGGGCAGGUUCUGGGUGUAGUAACCAGGCUGCUACUUACAGUAACUGUGGGUGCACUAAUGUAGCCAGCGAUUUGCAUGGAGGAUAUCAGUUUGUAUACCAAGGACAAACUGCUGCUGCUUAUAAUGCUGCUAAUUGUGAUGGCGUAGCACAUACUCGCUUUACUAGCAGUGUUAGCGGCUGCACCGCGUUUGGCUGGAACAGCUUCUUCAUUCAGUGCUGAUAACGGUGCCUUCUGAGUCUUUGUUCGUCUCUAUGGUAGGAUGAGUUGUGUUAGGAUUUAUAUCUUGUCUUUAUGAUUUGUAUCUGGGGUAUUGUGUAAAAUUAGGGUUAAAAUGUUUCCGGUGUGGUAGUUUGAUAGUAUGAAUAAAGAGACGUUAUCUGUGUUUGGCUGUGUCUAUUAAUGGAGUUAUGGGACAAUUUGUGACUGGUUGUUAUGAAUUGUAUCUUCGCUAGUUUGUUUUAUUUACUUAAGAUUCGCUGAGAAUUUGUAUUUGCCCCUUAUGAUUGAGGGA